AGAAUACAACGGCGAUUUGUAUACAAACAUAUUUGCGCUUACAAAAAGCGCUGCGCGUAGCAAUACUGUCCAGCAGAAGUAACGCAGCAAUUGCAACUGCUACAUGAAGCCGCUACGUAGCGCUACGUAGCGCUAGCUUCGGCUAAACACACCCACCCAUAGAUAUGUGGCGGAUGAUAGUAGAACAGGAUUGGUUGACUGCCUCCGUGACACCAUGACUGCCUCUGUCGUGUGUUGCACGUGUACCGCAACUUGUGUGUUGUGUGCAGAAAUUUUUGACAGAGUCACUGCCAGUCACUAUCGAUGAUGACAGAGCGAAUCGGCGAUUAAUUGUCGAUAUCUCUAAUCGCAAUUAUUCAAAACGCACGAAAAACGCAUAGUUCGCGCUAAACACAUAUCUAGCUGCUAGAAAUUUCAAGUGAGUCGCAAUUUGCAAAGAAAAAAAUGUCGCAAGAAGGAUCGGUGUACGAUAUGGCAUAUCGCGGCAAAACCGCAGCCGUAAAGAUUCUGUUGAACGAAAACGAGAAACUGAAGACGCAAACAGACAGCAAUGGCAGAAUGUUGAUACACUGGGCGGCUCUGGGAGGUCACGACGAUCUGGUCAAACAUUUGUUGUCCCUUCACGUACCGGUGGAUCCUAGAGAUGACACAGAUAUGACUCCGCUCAUUUUGGCGGCGUCCGCCGGCCGCGAGAAGGUUGUUAACACGUUGCUGAACGAAGGAGCACAUGUGAACGCAACGACGGACAACGGUCACUCGGCGUUGCAGUACGCCGCAUCAAAGAACUGGGUCUCCAUCUGCGGGUCGUUGCUUGACAAAGGUGCCGACGUGAAUAUCGCGGACAAGCGAGGUGCCACGCCGCUGCACAGAUCCGCAUCGAAAGGCAAUAUCGCUAUUGUGCAGCUUCUCGUUGAACAUGGGAAGUUGAACAUAGAUAAGAGGGACGCGUACGGUAACACGCCGUUGCAUCUCGCUUGCGAGGAGAACCGCGUGGAAGAGGCGAAGCUGCUGGUAGAGCACGGAGCGGACAUGACGAUCACCAACAAAGAGAAAAAGACCCCACUAGACCUCGCAAGUCCUGGAUUGGUCCGACAGCUCGAGAAAAUUAAGCGAGAGCCGGAAUCAAAAUAAAACGCGCGCGCGCAUCACUCGUUUUUUUUGUUUAUUUCUUAAGUUUCCUUAAAUAAGUCUCCAAUAAAUUUAUCAUGAUUAAGUUUC